UAUAGACCUAUUCAAAAACCUGUAUCAGUACAUUAAUAACAAUGGUGACGUGAAGAGAAUGCCAGAGCUUAGAACUCUUAAUUUAAUAUUUCUACCAGAUGAAACAAUAAUGGUUAAAGCAGCUUCUCUAUUAAUUGAGUCGUAUAGAGGCGAAACCAUUAAAGGUCGUAUUUACAAGGUCCCUUCUCAGUUUAGUGAAUUUUGUGCACUAUUUCAAGAACUCGGCGCAUGGAUGUCGGCAGUAACAGAUUUGUAUCUUGGAGUUCUGCGGGAUAUUUGGACAGAGUGUCAAGGUAAAGUACUCAAUCCAAAUGAAUCUGUUGUUGUCAAACUAUGUAUGGAACAACUCAUACGCUUAUGGGAGAACAAAACAGAAAGCGAAAGUUCUAUGACUGAAGAGUACUUAUUUCUGCCGAACAUAAGUGGAAUUUUGUCAAAGUCUAUUGAAAUGAUUCUGGUUGAUAAUAAUAGCCUUUACCAGAGAGUCGAAAAUCUAACUCUUCCAUAUUUCAUAGGAUUUGAAGAGAUGGAUAUAGUAUGGGCAGAUCAAUGGAGGAUUCAUAAUAAUUUUCCUAAAAAGUACCAGAUGAAGCCAUUACAUGAGGUCGUUAAAGAAAAAAUUACACCAGAAAGCCUCGAAAAUGCUGUUCAAAACACAAUAUUAACGAAAAAAGUUUCUGACAUGUUAAAAGACGAGCAUGUAUUGAAAGGGAUAGAGCGAUUGGUGCGACACAGACAAACUAUUUACGAUAAAUCAAACAGUCUUCUGGAUGAAGGGAUCCAAACUGUGGUCAAUAUUGAAAUAUUUGAAGUGGUCAACCUUAUGACUCAACUAGUACAUCAAGACCAAGCAGUGCCUGGCAGUGAAGAGCCACACACAAUAUUCUUUGUAAAGCAGCAUAGAUCAGAGCAAUGGUCAUAUUCUUUGUAUGUUGAUCAAGCUAGGUCAAAAGAUAGAUUGAACGAAUUUGAUCGCACAUUAUCUGAACUAUUUCGACGGAUAUUUAAUAUAGAUAUCGGUUGGCACUUUCGUGAUAUUUGGGAUAGGGCGGUACGCGGAAAAUCUUCUGAAAUCGAGUCGUAUUUGGAUGAACAGAAGAUAAAUUGUUCUAAUCCAGGAUUUAAUUUGAGAUAUAAGUUAUUUCCAUCAGUCGGUACAAACAUUCCCGAAAAAUUUCACUGGCAGUUGGAUAACAGUUUCUGUGAUUUUGAUAAAAGAGAAUAUGUUGGAUAUGAAAUUUAUGAUCCCGAUAUUGAGGACACAAGUGACGAUGGAAUCACCGUGGAUGCCCCAUAUUAUAUAUACGCAAAAAUUGUGGAGAAAAUACAGGCAGAAACUGAUACUGAGUUUGCUAUAUAUAGUAUUAAUGUAGGAGGGGAGAAACCCAUCCAAGUUACAGUUACCAAAUUAUAUAAAUUCCACCGAAAUAAUACAAGUACCUCUCGGGAAUUAGUCCUAAGCGAAAGGGGAGAAGCAGAACCACAAAUGGAAAGUAUUAACGACAAUUUCGACAUUCAAACUGUAUUGCGGGAUAUACGACAGAACUUGACGCGAGCAUGGAAAUGUUCAGAUGAGGUUGAAAGAAGAAGAGUUGUUAAACGACUUUUGUUAAGAUGGCACCCAGAUAAAAACCCACAUAAUGUUCAGCAGUCAACCGAAAUCAUGCAACACAUAUUGAACUAUGUGGACAGAUUGAAUAGAGGCCUUAGUUUAGAUGAAGAAUCCGUUCCUGAUGAUGAAACAGAUGGUACAAGAAGAUCACAACACAAUCGUUCAUAUGAAAGGUUUUACAGCAACGUGCAUUCGACAGAUGGAUGA